AAAAAAAGUAGAGCUAAAAGCUUUAAAAAGGUCAAAGCAAAAAUUACGGUCACUCGAAUGCGAAUACAAGUGUUUUUUUUCGAAAUGAAUAUUUUAAAUUGCUCGUGUAACUAAAUUUGGAAAACUGGAGGCCGUCAUGCAACCGAACUCGUCGUCAAGUGUUUCGAACGCGAGAUCGCAUAGCUUAUGCUAAUUUCCGUGGCAACCACGAUAGGCAGCAGCAGCAGCAAAUAAGAUUUAGGAAGUGGCCAGGCUUUAGUUUAAGUGCAAUUGGUGCAAAAUUCAUAGUAGACAAGAACAACAACAAAAAGAAAUCAAAUAAAAACGUAAACAAAAGAGACGAAAAACGACGCAGCAGCAGCAGCAGCAACGAGCAGUGGAGCAGCAGCAGCAGCAGCAGCAGUGAGCAGUGAGCAGAAGUGAGCAGUAGUGGCGAGCAGCGGAGGUGGUGGCGAAGGGUGAAGAAGUUGGAAAGAACCUGAGCUGAGAAAGGAAAACAAAGAGGAGGAGCAGCACCCAAACCAAUAGCAUAUAUAGGAGCCAGCCAAUAGCCCAAAUGGACUCGGAUAACGACAACGAUUUCUGCGACAACGUCGACUCGGGCAACGUGUCCUCGGGCGAUGAUGGCGACGAUGACUUCGGCAUGGAGGUGGACCUGCCCAGCUCAGCGGAGCGCCAGCUGGACGCGGAUGAUUACCAGUACAAGGUGCUCACCACCGAUGAGAUUGUGCAACACCAGCGGGAGAUAAUCGACGAUGUCAAUCUGGUGCUGAAGCUACCCACACCCAUCAUGCGGAUACUGCUGAAUCAGUUCAAGUGGGAUAGGGAGAAGCUGCUGGAGAAGUACUUUGACGGCAACAUCGAGGAGUUCUUCAAAGACGCACACGUCAUAAAUCCCUUCAACAAGGCACCCGAAGCUAUCAGACAAAAGACCACGCGAAGUCAGUGCGAAGAGUGCGAAAUAUGCUUCUCUCUGCUCCCGCCAGAUUCAAUGACCGGUUUGGAGUGCGCACACAGGUUCUGCCUGAGCUGCUGGCGCGAGUAUCUGACAACGAAGAUCGUUGCUGAGGGUCUGGGCCAGACCAUAUCGUGCGCGGCGCACGGCUGUGAUAUCCUGGUGGACGAUGUGACCGUCACCAAGCUGGUCCAGGACGCCCGGGUCCGGGUUAAAUACCAACAGUUGAUAACCAACAGCUUCGUGGAGUGCAACCAGCUGCUGCGCUGGUGUCCGUCCGUCGACUGCACCUAUGCUGUUAAGGUGCCCUAUGCGGAGUCCCGCCGUGUCCUGUGCAAGUGCGGCCAUGUGUUCUGCUUUGCGUGCGGCGAGAACUGGCACGAUCCGGUGCGAUGCCGUUGGCUGAAGAAGUGGAUCAAGAAGUGCGACGACGAUUCGGAGACAUCCAACUGGAUUGCGGCCAAUACCAAAGAGUGUCCCAAGUGCAGUGUGACCAUCGAGAAGGACGGCGGCUGCAACCACAUGGUCUGCAAGAAUCAGAACUGCAAGUACGAGUUCUGCUGGGUCUGUCUCAGUACCUGGGAGCCGCACGGUUCCUCCUGGUACAACUGCAAUCGGUAUGACGAGGAUGAGGCCAAGUCGGCCCGCGAUGCCCAGGAGAAGUUGCGCUCCUCGCUGGCCAGAUACCUUCACUAUUACAAUCGCUACAUGAACCACAUGCAGUCGAUGAAGUUUGAGAACAAAUUAUACGCAUCCGUGAAGCAGAAGAUGGAAGAGAUGCAGCAGCACAACAUGUCCUGGAUUGAGGUGCAAUUUCUGAAAAAGGCUGUCGACAUUUUAUGCAGAUGUCGCCAGACUCUGAUGUACACGUACGUGUUCGCGUACUAUUUGAAGAAAAACAAUCAAUCCAUGAUAUUCGAGGAUAAUCAAAAGGAUUUGGAGUCGGCAACCGAGACGUUGUCCGAGUAUUUGGAACGUGAUAUUACAUCCGAAAAUUUGGCUGAUAUUAAGCAGAAAGUGCAAGAUAAAUACAGGUAUUGUGAAAAACGCUGCUCUGUUCUGCUAAAACAUGUACACGAGGGCUACGAUACGGACUGGUGGGAUUAUACAGAAUGACGCGAGUCAUGGCUGGAUAACUAAGUUAGGCUGAGAGCGGCAGACCAGGAGACCAGGAGGACGGAAAGGAAUAGCACUCGGUGUGCGAUGAGUCAGAGGAGUGUAGUGCAACUAAACGCCCACAAAAGCCACGUCCACUUUCACACUAUUUACGCCCAUACGCCCCCACGCCCACACGCCCUACACCUACACCCAUAAACACCAUUGAGCAUGCACAACACACGCACAUUUAAAAAAAAGAAACGCAAAGAAAACGCAUCUCCCACCCGAUCCAAAAAAAAAAAAAAAACAAACAAACAAAAACCGAAACUAGAAGCCGAAGAAGUUAAGCAUAAGGCAGCAGCUACUGAAUGGCAAAGAAACCAGGAUAAACAAAAAAGGAUAAAAGGAGCGGCAUCUACAUAUAUACAAGAAAAAAGUUGGAAGUUGAAAUAAAAGAAAUAAAAAUUUAAAAUAAGGGAACCCAGAGAUCCAGAGAUCAAGUCCCACAAACAAAAGUUGCAAUAAAUGAAAAGAAACAUUUCAAAAUAUAUGUGAAACACGUAAGGCAUCUAUAUUAAAUGGUAAUAUAUACAAAAUAUGAAUGUAUAUGUAUGCGAGGAGUAUAUAUAUAUAUAGACAUAUAUGUUUACGAUUUUUUCUCUUCGUCUACGAGAGAGGCAACAGCAACAGUAGAAGCAGUAGAAGGAAGGAACAGAAGGACUCUCGCACACACCACACUACACACACCACCCACAGCCACAAGUCACAACAAGGAUCAACAGAAGCAGCUACAGAAGCAGCAUAUAUAAUAUAUAUAUAAAAUUAUAUAUAUAUAUAUUUAUAGUAAUUAAUCAACAGUUAAAAACUUAUUUGAUGUUAACCGAUUGCAAACAAGAUCUUCAUGUUAUCAGAAAUUAGUGAAAAUGAAAUCAAGAAACCCACAAUAGGCCCUAAAGUAUAUGUGAAAGAAAAAAGCCAAGAAAACCAAGAACAAGUACGCAUUAAGCUAAGCACACUUGCCCAGCUCCUCCAACUCUCCUUCUCGUCCUUUCAACUGAAUCCUAUCCACUAUCCAAUGGCUUAGCUUCAAGUUUCAAGCUUUUUUUUACGAAAAUGCCUUCUUUUAACUUUGAAAAUUUUAUAUUUAUUUAUCAGUCCCAGUUUUAUUUCUUCCACAUUUUUAGGUAAAAAGAUUUCAUUCAUGUUCUCUUUAUUAUUUUUUUUUUGAUUAAUCAGUUAAGGAAAUUAAUUAAAUCAUGCUUAGCAUAUGAAACGGAAUUGUUUGCCAUUCGAUCGAAGAAGCUAGCCGAUAUUUCGACGGGAGAAAUAUUCUAUUAAACCAUUCUAAAUAUUCUUCUAAACCUACCAGUGCAUCCUGCUCUCUCUUCCUCCCGUCGCUAACACGCCGACACUCUGAGAUAUACAUACAUAUAUAUAUAUAUAUAUAUAUAAACAUAGAUACACACACGCUCGAUAUGUACGGAAUAUGAUGUAUGUGCCGCUGGGCAUCAGAAAUGUAUAGUUAUUCGCAUAGGCGGCCGAUCGUUGUACAUAAGAGAACAGUUUUGUCCAUGGUUUCCCUAAAAACUAAAAAAAAAAUGCUAAAAAAAUGAACAAAAAAAUAUUACACCACACACCCACAACACACUCUCCACACACACACACACACCCAAACUCGACUCGCCACGCCCCGCUUUGAAGGCGUUGGGUCCUUUUACCAAGUUUUCCGUUUUCAGCAUUCUCUAUAUUCUUAAAAAAACAGAAACAAAACAAAAUUAUAUUUAUAAACAAAAACUAAGUGAAAACUCAUUGAAAUUAAAUUGAUGUAAAAAGUUUAAAGUUGUUCAAAUUGAAAGAAAUAAAAAUAAACAAAGCAAAAACACAAAAAAAAGCGAAACAAAAAAAUGAUAUAAAAAUAAAACCAUCAUGUGGAAUAAAAAUAUAUACAUAUAUUAAAGAAAAGCUAUAAAAAAAUUAUGAGAAACUAUGUAUGUAUAAUUAAAGAUGAAAUGUUGCAAGAAUUAGUGAAAAUAAAAAUUUAAAAACAUC